AGCAACCCAACUGCCAACAACAAAAAGAGAUUACCUUUAGAUACUUCGAUACUUUUACUUGAAAGGAAAAGCUCCUGGCUGCCAAAGCCACAGCCAUGCUGUGAAACUCCAAUGCGUGCCAGCUUAUUAGUAUGGCGUAUCUUGCGAUGCGCAUCCAUGGGCAUGCUAGUGACCGUGGGUCUGUCAUGUGGUCCAGCGGUCCCACAGAACGACCGCCAACGGCCAAACUACCAUACGGCGCGGGGCCGUAUAACCGUCCUCCUCUACGGCGAGGUGGAAAUACUUUGACGGUGGCGGAGAGAUCUGGACCGUCCGUCAAUUAUGGUGUGUCACGGGCCAGCCAGCCUGGCCAUCUCCAGCUGUUUGCGAGUACGGCCGAUACGUUGUUGUCUGGUUAACAGCCCUUGGUUGUUUUGUGACCAUAUAAAAUGGGCCUCACCUACAUUGCUAUGAAGCUUCCCUGUUUCUAGGGCUCCUCGUUUUCUCCUUUUUGAUUCUUCUUCUUUUCGUUUUUUAAUUUGUUCCUUCGUCUUCCUUUAGUUUUUGAGAGACAGAGAAGAGUGAGGAGCGAUGGAGGUGCUCAAGCCCAGUGCCGUCAGCACGAGCAGCGGCAGUAGCAACACCAGCAGCUGCGACAAGGAUCUCGAGGAGAGGAUCAAAGGUCCAUGGAGCCCGGAGGAGGAUGCCGCGCUCCAGCAGCUGGUGGAGCAGCAUGGCGCUCGCAACUGGUCUGUUAUAAGCAAGGGCAUUGCGGGGCGAUCGGGCAAGUCGUGCCGGCUGAGGUGGUGCAAUCAGCUCAGCCCGCAAGUGGAGCAUCGCCCCUUCACUGCUGCCGAGGACGCAGCCAUCGUCCGUGCGCACUUGUUGCACGGGAACAAGUGGGCAACCAUCGCGCGCUUGCUCCCGGGCCGCACGGACAAUGCCAUCAAGAAUCACUGGAACUCCACGCUGCGCCGGAGGGCGGCCACCAUGACGGUUGCUACUGCUGCUGCUGCUACUGGGGAGAGACACGACGACUCCCGUGCCAGCACCAAGCGCAGCUGCUGUGACAUGAUGAAUCACAGCGACGAGCCGGAGCAGGAUCUGCAAGAGGCAGUGACGAAGAAGAGCGAUGCUCGCAUUGGAAGUCCUCCCCCACUGUUCAAGCCGGCAUCAAAGCUUCCGAGCCCGCCUCUCGGCCAGGAAUCAGCAGCGGCGACGAUGGCGACUGAGAGAACAGAUCCUCCGACAUCUCUCAGCCUCUGUUUGCCCGGCUCCAUUGAAGAUACGACCACAGCGGCCAUCGCCAAGCGUGCCAUGGAAGAAGGAAGACAGAAAACCCCGGCAUCUUUCCUCUCGCUGGCUCAUGCAAUCCAGGAGAAGGAUCUGGCAUCACUGCCUAGAGGUGGCUACUUGAGAAUGGAAGAGGUAGUCGACCUCAUGGCUGCUGCCAUCAGAGCGGCGGUGUCUCUCUCCCUGGCACCCAUCCUUCGCCACGCCUCCCCGCCGAUGAGCGUGGAAGGUGAUGAUCGCAUGGGAUUGAUGCUGCGGGACAUGGUGUCGAGAGAAGUUAGCAGCUACAUGGCUGCGGCCGCUAGCUUCCCACCCAAGCAAACCUGAGAGACAGACCACCGGCGUAGCUUGUACUAGGCACUAUACCCUCUCCUGGUAAGUUAAUGAGAGUAUGAUGAUCGCGACUUGGAAA